AGGGGCAGCCAGAGAUGUGAAGGAGGUGAGGUCCCAAUAUGCUAAGGGCCUUAAAGGAACAACUACCAGCCAUAUCUGAAGAUAAUACCAAAAUGCCCAAGACUAAGGACACUGUGCGCGGUAAUGAUUCCAGCGAAACAGAGAAAGAAGCCCCUAAGCCUAAAACACCAGCGCAGAGCCAGGAAAACAGUAGCUUUUGUUUAGAGGACCACUCUCCUGGGAGCCAACCAGAAGUACUUUCUAACAUGGACAUGAUAGAUACAUUUAACAAAGCUUCUAAUCUUAGCAUUGCUCAUGAAAUUAUGGUAAAUCAAGAUUUUUGUGUGGAAGAGAGUGUUUUACCUCCUCACAGUCUAGAAGGCAAGUUCUCGGAGGCAAUGUACAAUGCUUUUUGGGACCAACUGAAAGAACAGCUGUCAAGUUCCCCCCCUAAUUUUAAUCGUGUUCUUGAACUUCUAAGAGAAAUUAAGGAGAUGUUGAUGUCACUGCUUUUACCACAUCAGAACCGCCUAAGAAACGAGAUUGAAGAAGCUCUGGAUAUGGUUCUCCUCAAGCAGGAAGCAGAGCAUGGGGCCCUAGAUAUCUAUAGUCUUUCUAGUUACAUUCUCAGUUUGAUUACUCUUCUCUGUGCCCCAAGCCGAGAUGAAGCAGUGCAAAAACUGGAGAGCAUAACAGAUCCUGUGGAUUUACUGAGGGGUAUCUUUCAUGUUCUGGGUCUGAUGAAAAUGGACAUGGUGAACUAUACUAUCCAGAGCCUUCGAUCCUAUUUGCAGGAACAUUCCAUCCAGUAUGAACGAGCAAAAUUCCAGGAACUCCUUGACAACCAACCUAGUCUCCUUGAUUACACCACAAAAUGGCUAACCAAAGCAGCAGCAGACCUCAGUAUGCCAUCUAUGAGUGUUUCUGACUCUCCUAGUACAUCCUGUUCGCCUCCAAUUUGCCUAACUAACAACUCAGAACAUCUCAGUUCCACAAUGGUUCUAUACCAGGGUUAUCUAAACCUUCUUCUCUGGGACCCUGCAAACAACGAGUUCCCUGAGACUCUGCUGAUGGAUCGAACUCGGCUGCAAGAGAUGGAGUUUCAGUUGAUCCAGCUAACUGUACUGGCCUCAGUCUUGUUAGUGGCCAGAAGUUUCUCUGGUAAUAUUUUAAUCAACUCACCUGAUUUUGUUGCUAAACUGAAAUGCAUAACCACCACCCUGAUGGAUGAAUUUAAUGCCAAGCCCGAAGAGACUAUGCUGAGCGUGAGUGAACAGGUGUCUCAGGAAAUUCAUAAAGGUCUCCAUGACAUUGGUCACACUUCUUUGAGCAUGGAAAACACUUCAUCUCUUAUAGGCCAGAUUCAGAACAUAGCCAUGAAGGAAAAUUGUGUUCGCAGUGUCAUUGAUCAGCGUAUCCGUUUGUUUCUCAAAUGUUGUUUGGCUCGAGGCUUGAAAGAGUCUAUGUUGGACUUUCCUGGAGGCCUAAUUCUCAUCAAGGAAGAGUUGGUUGAACUGGGCUGGAAGUUUGUCAAUCUAAUGCGUCACAAUCAGCAGGUAUUUGGCCCUUACUAUACUGAGAUCUUAAAAAACAUCAUUCCUUCAGAUCAGCCUUAAGAAACAGAAGUGGAGUCUGUGUGAUAGUGCUGACUACAACUAUGGCAACAGAGACCCAGGAGAGAGGAAUGCAAUGCCAUAAUCUCACUGUAGCAAGAACCAACAUACAGGGCUGCAGGGUUCAAGCACAUCACCUCCAACUGGCCCAACCACAACUCCUUCAUUAAUAAACUUCUGAGCUGCAAGAAAA